CCGGGGGAGCCACGCCCAGCCCGGCCCGGCCCGGGCGCGACGGGGGCGGCCGAGAGGAGCCGAACGGAGCCGAACGGGGCCGAACCGGGCCGAAAGGAGCCGAACCGGGACCGAACGGGGCCAAGCCGGGAGCCAGCGGGGCCGAAAGGAGCUGAGCCGGGUCCAAAAGGGGCCGAACGGAACCGAACCCGGACUGAACGGUACCGAACCUAGACCGAACGGAGCCGAACCGGGACCCAGCGGAGUGGAGCGGAGCCGAACCGGGACCGAGCGAAGCCGAACGAGACAGAACAGGGACGGAGCGGGGCCGAGCGGUGCCGGACGGGACCGGAGCGGUUCGGCCCGGCCCGGAGCGGGGUUCCCGGGCCGGUGCCGGCCAUGCGGCCGCUCCCGGUGCCGCUGCUGCUGCUGCUGCUGAGCCCGGUGCCAGGGGGGCGUGGGGGGUGCCCCCCGUGUCCCCACGGUGUCCCCGAGCCCUGGGCCCACAGUGAGGACCCCAAAACCACCCCGAACCCAGGAGCAGCCCCCCAAAAAGCGACCCCGAAACGCCCCGAGCCCGCGGAGGAGGAACCGGAGGAGCCGUGCCCGCCCUGCGGCCCCGAGGGGGCCCUGCCGGUGCCGGGGGACCCCCGAGUGACACCGCCGGUACCGGGGGUGCCCCCCGAGCCCCCCGGGGACAUCAUCCCCCUGUACUGCGCCCUCCUGGCCGGCCUCGUCGUGGGGCUCGUGGCCUACGUGGCCUUCAAGUGCUGGGGCACCUGCCGGAGGAAGCGGCAGCUGGACAAGGCGCGGGACGCGGCGGAGGCGGAGAAGCCGCGGGGGGACGGCGGCGGCAGCACCGAGAGCGCCGGUCCGGAGCGGGGCCAGCCCGCGCCCGCCGAGGGUCCCGCCCUGCUCCCGGUGUCCCCGCGGCGCCGGGAGGAACCGGGAGAGCCGCCGGGGGACGCCACCUCCGCCGUGUGACACCGCCGGGACACCGGGGCUGUCCCCGCCGCCGCUCCCCUUCCCGAUGGAUUCCUGGGGAUUUUUUUUUUACGUGGGUUUUGUACUUUUUUAGGGAUUCUGGGGGGUGGGACGGGGACCUUUGGUGGCCUGGGUGGGGACAUUAAACGUGUCACUGGGUGCCACCA